GCGUCUCCAGCUGCGGCCAAGGGCGUGUCCUCCUGACAGCUGUGGUCCAGCUCCCGGAAGGAUGCUCAGCAGGGCCGCCGCUUCUUCCUGUGACAGGACAGUUAAUUAAGGAGGGAAGAUAAGACGAAUUAUCAAACCGCCACUUUAGAGGUUCAACCAUCCAUAUCCACAAGAUAUCCGUAGGACAGAAUUCACAUUUAUUACAUAGAGGGUGGAUCAUACUGGUUUCUAACCCCUGAAGUUCUACUGGGAAAAUCAGCUUUUGAAAGGAAACAAGAUGGAAAGCAGAGAUGAUCCAAGAUGGGGCGGCUGGAUUAGUAGUUACUUUGUGGGAGCAGCGUCAAGCUCUCUGUCCACUGUCCUAACCUUUCCUAUAUAUAAAACAAUUUUUCGACAGCAGCUUCACACAUUGACUAUCCGAGCUGCCACAUGUCAGUUGAGCAAAGAAGGGGUUAAACAUCUCUAUCGUGGCCUGACACCACCACUCAUGGCAAAAACAGUUCAAGGAACUUUGAUUUUUGGAACCCAAGGAAGUCUCCAACAUUUUUUCUCUAAGGGAGGUACACCAGGAGCUAAAAUUUGUGCCUUUUCUGGGUGUUUAUCUGGAGCAAUAGAAACCGUUCUACUAGUACCAUUCGAAAGAAUUCAAAACAUUCUGCAGGAUGGUCGUAAUAAUGUAAAGUUUCCCAACACUCGAUCAAUAGUUCAAGAACUCCAGACCUACAAAAAAAGACAGUGGCUAACAUGUGGAUUGUACAGAGGAUUCACUAUUAUACUUGUCAGGAACAUGGUGGGAAGUGCCAUUUUUCUUUCCUGCAAAGACCCAUUGAGAGAUGUUUUGACUUAUCCAGGUCUCCCUAUCUGGGCCUCUUCUCUGGGCUCUGGAGCACUCAAUGGUGCCCUUACCUCACUUGCACUUUAUCCGUUGAGUGUUAUAAUUGCAAAUAUGCAGGCCGAAGUGGGAAACAACUUACCUCAUGUAAGAAAAGUCGCAUUAAGAGUAUGGAAGAAAUGCGGAGGAAGAGUAUCAAUGCUGUACCGAGGCGCAUCUCUUAUUAUCCUACGAUCUUGCAUUACUUGGGGGGUUACAAACUCAAUUCACGACACUUUGAGCAACCAGCUUCCAUAAACCAGUGGAUCCAUGGGGAAUACAUGUUUUAACACAUAUAAUCAUUUACUUCCCAUAUUUCACAUGUCCUCAGUUACUUAUACUGUAUGUAUCUGACUACAUGUCUGUCAGCAAAACAAUCCCAA